AUGGCGUCGAGCGCGCCACCAACUCUCUACGGAUUGGGCAAGAUUCCGCAAGAGCUUUACGUUGUUGCACUAUCUCUCCUUGUCGCUACAUGGUCUGCAGCCUUUUCGAGAGCCUACGUUCGUGGCUACAUGCUGCGAUCUUUUGGCUGGGACGAUUGGACCCUGAUACCUGCUCAGCUCUGUUAUACGGUACAAUGCGCCUAUCUCAUCUCAAUGGCCGGGGUGGAGAUGAAUCCCGACGAAAACAGUAGCAUACAGAGUAUUGCACAACUUGUCACUCGCAACGUCAUAUAUGCCGGCAUCACCAUCAAUACCGCCUUAGGCCUGGCAUAUUUCGGCCUGUGCACGUUUGGAUGUGGUGACCCCUCGAAAUAUCUUCUUCGCACUACCUUAGGGCAAUGCAUCUCUAUCAAGAACGUCGUCAUUCCUGCUUCAUACAUAUUUACUGCCCUCAACGCUGUCAUGGAUUUCACAAUGGCCCUUCUUCCAAUCAGUACCAUUUGGCACCUAAAGAUGCCGAGAAUAACGAAAUUUUGGGCUUAUCUACUGAUGUUGCUGGGUGCAUCUGGCAGCGUUGUCUCUCUCAUUCGCUUUGCCUUUGUCGAAAGUCUAGAACCUGGUCCCGAGUUCUUCAAGGAUACUGGCAAGCUUGCUUUCUAUUCUCAUAUCGAGCCUGGAGUUGGGAUAGUAGCUGUAUGCGUCGCGACUCUGAGACCGCUAUUCAGGCAAUGUCUCGAGGGUGCCAAGUCCGUGAGUAGUACACAGAAGAGUCGUGGUCCCAGCGGCAAGAGAAUCAGCAUUACAGGAACUUCCGAUGUUCCAUUGACCAGCAUGAAGACAAAUCGUCAGCCGAGGGACGGCUUCGACACCCUCGAGGACGACAGUGACGAGAUGGAGACGCAUUGGUCGAACAAGCAUGGGAUUGGCGUCAAAACCGAAUUUAGAAUCGAAUCCCAUGCGACGAAAGUCGGCAGCCACGACGUGGAGCAGGGAAGAGGGUUAUCAUUUUCUCGGCCGCCCUCUCUACCGCCAUCUCAGCCACCAUCUCGACCACAAUCCCCUGUUCGCAUGCCCAAGAAGAUUAUCCCGGGUGGAUACUUCUAG